AUGGGUUAUGAUACUGGGUUUGAUUGCUAUAGUGGAUACUGGGGGUGCUUGGCUGGUUUCGAUGGUGCUCGGCGACUUGACCUGAGUCGAUGUAAAGAGGAGAAGAGUGGUUUGAUUAGCAAUUGUAGGUCAGCGAUUUACAGUAGGAAUCCGACUGCUACUUGCCGCCAAAUGACAAGAAAUGUUCAUUUUGAACGUGUUUGUCCUUACGUUACUUCAAAAGUGGCAACUAUUAUUGAAGUUCAACGUGCACUGAAACUAUUUCAAGAUUGUGGGAGGCAAGUUCCUCAUAAUUUCAAGUGUGGAAGUAAACUUAACAUUUACGAGUUUGAGGAACUAAUUUCUCAUCAAGAUCAGUAUUGUAGUACUUACAUAGAGAGUACUGCAGAAAUAGAAAGUGAAUCUAAACUGCAAAGUACUUCAAGGAUCCGUGAAUUUUGGUGGCCCAAACCCAAAAACAUCAAGGAUGAGGAUCUGGCAGCGACGACGAGGGAGCUGAGGAUGAGGUCUGUGAGGAGAUUCGUGGAGGAUCUGGCAGCGGUGGAUGAUGAGACUAAAUGGAUGAUUGAAUCGACGAUUUGGCACAUGUAUGCACCGGAUCUGAAAAUCCGUUUGGGGGAUUCCUGUGGUUCCUGA